AUCCAUCCCAGUCCGUCAGUCCGUCCUUCCCUCCCUCUCUCUCGCUUGCUUGCUUGCUUCAUUAGUCUCGUUCCUUCCUCAAACUCUCUCUUCCACCUUGGCCUUUCGUGGAAGGACUGUUGUUCGCCUCUCGUUUUCUCCUCGGCCUCCGACCUUUGCUCCCACCCCCACCAACACUUCCUAGGAGGCUGCUUCUCCUGCUAUCUAGAUACCAAUCUACUAUCUACGACUACUAUCAACCUAAUCUCCACAUCCCCCUCCUUCUCCAUCUUUUCUCUACUUCAAAACCAUGGCUGCCGCGGCCAAUUCCACCCCUGCGUCGGUCUUUCCUCGUAGCCAUGUCGGUUUCGACAGCAUCACUUCUCAGAUUGAACGGAAGCUGUUGAAACGUGGAUUCCAGUUCAAUGUGAUGUGCGUCGGACAAACCGGCUUGGGAAAGUCGACCUUGAUCAACACCAUCUUUGCUUCCCACCUGAUUGACUCGAAAGGUCGCCUGGCCCCUAACGAACCCGUUCGUUCUACCACUGAAAUCCAGACCGUCUCGCAUAUCAUUGAGGAGAAUGGCGUGCGUCUCCGGCUAAACAUCGUCGACACCCCGGGAUAUGGCGAUCAAGUUAACAAUGAUAGAUGCUGGGAUCCCAUCGUGAAGUAUAUCAAGGAUCAACACUCCGCAUAUCUCCGAAAGGAGCUUACUGCUCAGCGUGACCGCUACAUUCAAGACACACGUAUUCACUGCUGUUUGUUCUUCAUCCAGCCCUCUGGCCAUGCCCUCAAACCAAUUGACAUUGUCGUCUUGAAGAAGCUGUCCGACGUUGUCAAUGUGGUUCCCGUUAUCGCCAAAGCCGACUCUCUUACUCUUGAGGAACGUCAGGCAUUCAAGGAAAGAAUCAAGGAAGAGUUUACCUUCCACAACCUGAAGAUGUACCCGUACGAUAACGACGAGCUUGACGACGAAGAGCGUGCAGUCAACGCUCAAAUCAAGGACAUCAUUCCAUUCGCCGUGGUCGGUAGCGAAAGAACGAUUGUCGUCAACGGUCAGCAGGUUCGUGGCCGCCAAAACCGCUGGGGUGUCAUCAACGUGGAGGAUGAGAAUCACUGCGAAUUCGUCUACCUCCGAAACUUCCUUACCCGCACCCAUCUUCAGGACCUCAUUGAGACGACAAGCCAGAUUCACUACGAGACAUUCCGUGCUAAGCAGCUCUUGGCACUAAAGGAGAGCAGCGCUGCCGGAGGCCACCCUGGUAGCAGCCGGCCCAUUAGUCCCUCGGCGGACAGGGAGCUCAGCCGUAACUCGCAACGCAUGACCAUGAAUGGCUAUUGAUAGGCCUGGAAACGUCGCUAGGCUUGCUUCUGUGUGAAUUGAGCAUGGGCAGUGAGCCCAGCGGGGUAACCCUCUUCCUUUUCUUUCCUUGAUGUUUUAAUCUCAUAGCACCAACUUCGUCCCGGCAUGCUUCUACAGAUAUCCUGUUUAACUUGAUAAUACCUUCAUCGUACAUGUCGUCACUUUACCGAAUGCCUCUUGCAAGGGGGUGACCUGACUACCUCUUUAUUUUCUAUGGACUCAUCAUCGCGAAUCAAUUCAGAGCUAGCAGCGAAGCGCCAGACGUCAUACUGUCUGUUUUCAUGUAUCUAUUUUCCUUGGUCCAGUGGGGAUAAUAAAAAAUGGCUGGGACAAGAGAUCAUGUUUUUCUCCUGCGGCCCCUGCCUUAAUAACAAGAUUGUCCAGAUAU